AUGAGCGACCCACCGAGCCCCGGCUCCCAGCUCCGCCGCCAGGUUGGCAUCGCCGGGGCGACAUUAAUGGGGCUCGGGUCGAUCCUCGGGACGGGCGUUUUUGUGAGCAUCGCCCUCGGGACGGCCGCGACUGGGCCGUCGGUGGUAUUGGCAAUCGGCGUCGCCGCCGUGGUGGCGGCGUGCAACGGGUUGAGCAGCGCGCAGCUCGCCGCCAAUCAUCCCGUCAGCGGCGGGACCUACGAGUACGGCUACCGCUGGCUCAGCCCCACCUUGGGGUUUGUCGCCGGCUGGCUGUUCCUCUGCGCGAAGAGCGCCUCAGCGGCCACGGCCGCGCUCGGUUUUGCCGGCUACGCGCUGGGUCUGACGGGGAUGCCAACCAACGUCCCCGUCAGUGUCGUCGCGGUUGCGGUCGUCGUGCUUCUGACCUCGCUGGUGCUGUCGGGCCUCCGGCGUGCGAAUUGGGCCAACGCGAUUCUAGUGUCGCUCACGAUCGGCGCGCUGGCGGUCUUCUGCUUCGCAGGCCUGCCAAGCGCGCUGCAGGGUGGAGAGCAUCUAACGCCGUUUUUUCAGCCGACGGAGACCGACGUCGCGCCUUUCGCCGGGUUUCUCGAGGCCUGCGCGCUGAUGUUCGUGGCAUUCACCGGCUACGGUCGGAUCGCGACGCUUGGCGAAGAGGUCGUCGAACCGCGACGAAACAUCCCGCGGGCGAUUGUUGCGACGCUCGUCGUCUCGGCGCUGCUUUACGCCGCGGUCGGCUUCGUGGCGAUUGCGUCGGUUGGCGCCGAGGCGCUCGCUGCAGGGGUGAACGACAAGCCGGCGCCGCUAGAGACCGCCGCCCGCGCCUUCACCGGGCCGGCUGUUGCGAACGUCGUGGCGGUCGGCGCCGUCGCCGCGAUGGGGGGCGUGCUGCUGAACUUGAUCCUCGGCCUGUCGCGUGUCGUGCUGGCGAUGGCGCGCCGCGGUGAUCUGCCCCGCGUCCUAGCGAGAGUCAAUGGCGAAACCGCGUCGCCUACCGCGGCCGUGAUGACGACUGGCGUCGUGAUCGCGGGGCUGGCGGCGCUGGGCAGCGUCAAAGCGGCUUGGAGCUUCAGCGCGUUCACGGUGCUCGGCUACUAUGCGCUAACGAAUUUCGCCGCCCUCCGCUUGCGGCCUGAGGAGCGGCUCUAUCCCGUGUGGACAGCGUGGGUUGGGCUGGCGAGUUGUUUGUUCUUGGCAUUCUGGGUCGAGCCGCGUGUCUGGCUGGCGGGCGUCGGGCUGAUUGCCUUGGGGCUCGUGGGACGCUGGAUAGCGUCGCGGAGAGAGCCUAUGUGGUUACAACCUUUGCUCCGCACCAGCGCGCCGGCGUCGGUGCUGCUGAUCCGCUUGAUGGUCGGCUUCGUCUUCUUUUCGGAAGGCUUGCAGAAGUUUCUCUAUCCGGCCUCCCGAGGGGCGGGACGCUUUGAGAAGAUCGGGCUCCCUUCGCCCGAGGCGCUGUCGUACUUCGUCGCGUCCUUUGAAGUCGCCUGCGGCGUGCUGUUGAUGCUGGGGCUGCUGACGCGGCUGGCGUCGCUGCCGACGAUCGCGAUCAUGCUGGUGGCGAUCGUGACGACCAAACUGCCGGUGCUUGCCGACGCGGGCUUCUGGCAGAUGGCCCACGACGCGCGGACCGACUGGUCGAUGCUGCUGGGUUCGAUCUUCCUCUUCAUCGUCGGCGCGGGCCCUCUGUCGAUGGACGCGAAACUGACGGCGCCCGACCCGCCGGACGCAAGGAAGGAGGACGCGUAG